AUGGAGCCCAUAAGCGAAAAACUGAUAAGUCUGCCGUCGAUAGAAGUCGAAGCCCAUACUCCUGAAAUGGAUCUCCUUUCCAAAGCCUACGCAACCGCUUCCGACGACGAAGACGGCGGCGGUGGCGUCGCCGGAACAGGAUCCCGACACUCACAUCCACCACCGCCUCCCAAACGCGUCCGAGGCUCUACUUCAUUCCCAAAUUCCUCACAAAUGUCCGUUUUUCGCCUUCCGAAUUUCCCUGCCGAAGCUCCGAUACCCGGGAGCUACAUAUCUAAGCGACAAAGAGCUUUGGUUUCCGAUCCGACACUAUCCGAACCGAAUCCGCCUCAUGCCGACCCGUCUCCAGUUUUAGGAAGCCUUUCCGAUUCAGAUUUGCCUCAAUGUGUUUUUACCGCCUUGAGGCGCCGCUCAAAGAACGUUGUAGUGUCCAACCAAACUCCCCAGUCACUCUCUGCAGGUCUCAGAGGCCAUACGAAGGCUGUUAAUUCAAUGCAAUGGUCUAAAUCUCAUGUUUACGAGCAUUUAAUAUUGGAGUUUUUGAGGUUCCAUUUGUUUUCCCUUUCUCUGAGUAAAUUUUUUCCAGCUCAUCUUCUAGCAUCUGCCGGAAUGGAUCAUACUGUUCGUAUCUGGAAUGUAUGGAGCACAGGUCAAAAGCAAGCACGUGUGUUCAAUAAUCACCACGCGGCAGUUAAAGAUGUGAAAUGGUCAGAACACGGUUUAUCUGUUCUAUCUUGUGGUUAUGAUUGCACUUCACGGUUAGUUGAUGUCGAAAAGGGAAUGGAGGUUAAGGUCUUCAAGGAGAAUCAAAUUGUAGAAGUUGUCAAAUUUUGUCCAGACAACUAUAAUCUCUUUCUCUCUGGAGGAUCAAAAGGUCAACUUAAACUGUGGGAUAUCAGGACUGGCAUUGUGGUCCAUGAAUAUGUACGAAACCUUGGGCCAAUUCUUGACGUGGAGUUCACGGUUGAUGGCAAAUAUUUAAUCACCUCGAGUGAUGUUUCCAAAACCAACCUUAGUGAGAACUCGAUUCUUGUAUGGGAUGUUUCACGUCAAGUUCCGUUAUCCAAUCAGGUCUAUGCAGAAGCAUUCACGUGCCCUUGCAUCAGAUGCCACCCCUUUGAGCCAUACUUCAUUGCUCAAUCCAAUGGAAACUACAUUGCUAUAUUCUCGACAAGACCUCCAUUCAAACUUGACAAGUACAAGAGAUACGAAAGUCACGGUGUAUCAGGCUUCCCCAUCAAGUGCAAUUUCAGUCCUGAUGGAAAUAUGGUGGCUUCUGGAUCCUCUGAUGGAUGCAUAUUCUAUUUCGACUCUAAAUCAUCCAAAUUUCUCAAAAAGGUUAAGGUAUACGAGCAAGCAUGCAUAGAUGUUGUGUUCCAUCCUUACUUGCACGACGUUAUCGCUAGUUGUAGCUGGAAUGGUGAAGUCUCUGUAUUACAGCCGAGGCCUCGGUAAAAAAUGAAAAGUCUCGGUCAUAUGUCUCUCUUUUAAGGCAUAUAAUCAUUUGGUUUCGAGAUUUAUAUAUCUGGUGUCAUGGAUUUCUGUUCAAUGUAUUAUGACAUUUGGUCAACUUAUCUGGACAUGAGUUGUGAUAUGAUGUAUGUCUUACAAUGCGUUUGAGUUGCGAAAGUUCAAGGCCUGAAUAGAAGGUAGUAAGUUAGUAACCAUGACCUUUUCUAUGUUUUUGACAGACAGUAAAAUCCUAUAUUUUUACCUCGCCUGAUUGUGCUGGACUUUCUAUAAUAA